AUGCCUCACUUAUUCCUCCAACGUUUGGCAACUACGUCUGCCAACCAACUAGUCCGCCGUAGAGGACAUAUCUACAACGCCGCAAGAUACCAUCAUGUCCUAUCGACUCAGAAGAAAGCUAUCCCUCAUUUGAUAACCUUGGCAGAUUUGUCUCAAUCGCAGAUUUAUAACUUGCUUAGAUCGGCUAUCCAACAUAAAUAUAAUGCCAAAUAUGCUGGAAAAGGUUCAGGAGAGCCAUUAAAGGGAAAGACGCUUGCGUUGACGUUCUCGAAGAGGUCAACUAGGACUCGAGUUGCUACUGAAAGCGCCACUGCUUAUCUUGGUGGCACUCCAAUGUUCUUGGGAUCACAGGAUAUUCAGUUGGGUGUCAAUGAAUCGUUGUUGGAUACGGCUAAAGUAAUAUCAAGUAUGGCAGAUGGAAUUAUGGCUAGAGUUGGUCCGCAUAGCGACAUUGAGGUACUUGCGAAAUACUCUUCAGUCCCUAUAAUCAAUGCCCUUUCGGAUAAAUACCACCCAACCCAAAUAUUGGCUGAUUUGAUGACAAUGCAUGAAGUAUUUGGUCCCCAUUCAGACACGGAUUCGGAAUACAUAUCACAUCUCCACCAUCCCAAAGAUUUUCUCCCUGGACUAAAAGUCGCGUGGAUUGGGGACGGGAACAACAUGCUCCAUAGUAUGCUGGUUACAUUUCCCAAACUAGGAAUUCACUUUAGUGCGGCUACUCCUAAGAACUAUCAACCAGAUGCUGAUGUUGUUGAAAUAGCCAAGAAAGAGGCUAAAAAUAGUGGUAGUGAACUGAGUUUUACUACCGCUCCUAAAGAGGCUGUUAAAGAUGCCGAUAUUAUUGUCACUGACACUUGGAUAAGUAUGGGUCAAGAAAGCGAAAAACUUCAGAGAUUAAAGGACUUUGCGGGAUUUCAGGUUACAAUGUCAUUAGCUGAACAAGGUGGCGCUAAACCAGACUGGAAGUUUAUGCAUUGUUUGCCCCGUAAGAGUGAAGAAGUCGAUGAUGAGGUCUUUUAUUCACCAAGAUCGGUCGUCUUCGAAGAAGCAGAGAACAGAAAAUGGACCAUUCUUGCUGUCAUUGAUGCCUUGUUGGUCAAGAAAAGCUUUGAUUAA